UCUCUUUUUCUUUCUCGAGCCAAGAUGCCCAAGGGGAAGAAAGCCAAGGGGAAGAAGGUCGCCCCGGCUCCUGCGGUAGUCAAGAAGCAGGAGGCCAAAAAGGUGGUCAACCCUCUCUUUGAGAAGAGGCCCAAGAACUUUGGCAUCGGGCAGGAUAUCCAGCCCAAACGGGACCUGACCCGCUUUGUGAAAUGGCCCCGUUACAUCCGACUCCAGCGCCAGCGAGCCAUCCUCUACAAGCGGCUGAAGGUGCCCCCGGCAGUUAACCAGUUCACCCAGGCUUUGGACCGCCAGACAGCGACCCAGCUUCUGAAGUUGGCCCACAAAUACAGGCCCGAGACCAAGCAAGAGAAGAAGCAGAGGCUGCUGGCUCGGGCAGAGCAGAAAGCGGCAGGGAAAGGCGACGUUCCUACCAAGAGGCCCCCUGUGCUGAGGGCAGGUGUCAACACAGUUACAACCCUGGUGGAGAACAAGAAAGCACAGCUAGUGGUGAUCGCACACGACGUCGAUCCCGUUGAGCUGGUGGUUUUCCUGCCUGCCUUGUGCCGGAAAAUGGGAGUACCCUACUGCAUCAUCAAGGGCAAGGCUAGGCUGGGACGCCUCGUCCAUCGAAAAACCUGUACCUGUGUUGCCUUCACUCAGGUUAAUCCGGAGGACAAAGGAGCUCUGGCUAAACUCGUAGAGGCAGUCAAGACCAACUACAAUGAGAGAUAUGAUGAGAUCCGUCGCCACUGGGGUGGUAACGUUCUGGGGCCGAAGUCAGUGGCUCGUAUUGCUAAGCUGGAAAAGGCCAAGGCCAAAGAACUGGCAACAAAGCUUGGAUAGCUGCAUCAGAUUUGUCUCAAAUUUUUAUGUACAUAAAAAUACCAAACAGA